AUGCUCUGGCAGAAAGUUUUCUUUCUUUCAGCGUUGGCCAUUGCCGACGCUCACCCCGGCACCCGCGGCGUCCGGCUUAACAAACGCGACUCCAGGCUAGAGGUGACCUUGGCACCAUCUGCGUCUGGCACUCCCACCGAAGUCAUUGCAACAAUCAAAAACAACGGUGCUGAUGAUCUCAACUUGCUCAAAGUAGGAACUAUUUUGGACGAUAAGCUUCCAGUCCAGCGUGUAGUUGUUACAGACCAAUCAGGAGGCCUGGUUUCAUUCAGGGGGAUUGAGCCCAGCAUACAGUAUGACGCACUUAGACCGAAUCAUUUCCAGUUUCUCUCAGCUGGAGAGUCUAUCGCCGUUGCUAUCGACGUCGCCAAGGUGCACUAUUUUGAGAAGUCCGGGCGCUUUUCUGUCAUCGCAGAUGGUUUGAUACCGGUUGGACUCGCCUCGUCAACAUCCUUUGACCAGCCUGCAAUCGCUUUUAAAUCCAACGCCAUCGAUAUCGACGUUGAUGCAGUGGCCGCCAGUGGGCUUAUGGUUGCCCCAGCCCUUGCAGAGCGCACAAACGUACAGGCGGGAUGCAAUGAAACAACUUCUGAUGCCAGCCUCAAGGCCCUGGCGAACUGCCAGGUUACAGCCCUGGCGGCCGCUGCCGAUGCCGCGGAUCCCUCAUCAAAGAGGUUCGUAGAAUACUUCGGGACCAACUCUUCUGAAACUCGCAACAUCGUCGUCACCAGACUCAGAAAUGUCGCGCAAGAAUGUUCUACCACGAACUCCGGGGUCUCUCGCUAUUUCUGCUACGACUACUACGGCGUCUGCGAAAUAGACGGCCCACUCAACGCGUACACCGCUUGGGACGUCAAUACCAUGGUCAUGUGCCCUCUCUUUUACGGCUUGCCUCCGCUGCCUCAGGGUUGCCAUCGCCAGUGCCAGGCCACGACUACCAUACACGAGACGACUCAUUGCGAAGCUGUAUAUGAGCCUCACACCAAUGAUUACGCAUACGCAUACAACGCAAGUGUUGCACUGCCCCCCGAGCGUGCGCUACAAAACGCUGACAACUACUCCCUCUAUGCCAAUGAAUAG